CGCCCGCUCGCUGGUUCAGCUGCGCGUCCACGCCGACUGCCUGCCAAAGUAUCCCAUCCUGGAUAUAUCGUGCCUGAAAGUGAUUAAAAAAUAAUAUUAACAAAUAAAUACAACCAAUAACCAAUAACUAUUUAAAAAACAACAAAAGCCAUUGCUCGAGUGUAGUUAUAGUCCAUUAAACGGGCUCAUUAGAAACAAACCCCAUCCGGUAAAACAUAAAAAUAGCUCGGCCGUAGCACAUUUAAAUUAAUAUUUACCGGAUUCUAUAAGAAAAAUGUGCUAGCAAUUAACAAUCUUCGGUUUAAGCGCGUUAUUUUGUUUGUUGGCCCGCCUAACCGGAGCUUUUCUAAUUAGGAUAUAUCCAAGGUGCGACAAUACCAGCGGCAAAACGGAUAGCUGCCAGAGAUAUAGCCAAAACGUGUGCCAUGAAGGAGAAAAGCAAAAAUGCGGCACGCACGCGACGUGAAAAGGAAAACACGGAAUUCUGCGAAUUGGCCAAAUUACUGCCACUGCCGGCGGCGAUUACUUCGCAACUGGACAAGGCCUCCGUCAUCCGGCUGACCACAUCCUAUUUGAAAAUGCGCCAAGUGUUUCCCGAUGGACUCGGUGAAGCCUGGGGCUCCUCGCCGGCCAUGCAGCGUGGUGCGACCAUCAAGGAACUGGGCUCACAUCUCCUGCAAACACUGGACGGCUUCAUCUUUGUGGUGGCUCCGGAUGGAAAAAUCAUGUACAUUUCGGAAACGGCCUCGGUGCAUUUGGGUCUCAGCCAGGUGGAGCUGACGGGCAACUCGAUAUUCGAGUAUAUACACAGCUACGAUCAGGAUGAGAUGAAUGCCAUUUUGUCGCUGCAUCCGCACAUGCAUCAGCAUCCAGCCGCCUUUCUCAACUCCCUACAGCUCGCUCAGACGCACACGCCCAUCGGCAGUCCCAAUGGCGUCCAGCACCCAUCCGCCUAUGGCCACGAUCGCGGCUCUCACACCAUCGAAAUCGAGAAGACCUUCUUCCUGCGCAUGAAGUGUGUCCUGGCCAAGAGGAAUGCCGGUCUCACCACCUCUGGUUUUAAGGUGAUACACUGUUCUGGCUAUCUCAAGGCUCGCAUCUAUCCCGACUGCGGCGAUGGACAGGGAAGCCUGAUCCAGAAUCUCGGCCUGGUGGCCGUCGGACACUCGCUGCCUUCAUCCGCCAUCACAGAAAUCAAGCUGCACCAGAACAUGUUCAUGUUCCGGGCCAAGCUGGAUAUGAAACUGAUCUUCUUCGAUGCUCGCGUAUCGCAGCUAACAGGAUACGAGCCGCAGGACCUCAUCGAGAAGACACUGUAUCAGUACAUCCACGCCGCGGAUAUAAUGGCUAUGCGCUGUUCCCAUCAAAUCCUGCUGUACAAAGGACAAGUGACCACCAAAUACUACCGCUUCCUGACCAAGGGAGGCGGCUGGGUGUGGGUGCAGUCGUACGCCACCCUAGUCCACAACUCGCGAUCCUCGCGAGAAGUUUUCAUCGUCAGCGUGAACUAUGUGCUGAGCGAACGAGAGGUGAAAGACUUGGUGCUGAACGAGAUUCAGACGGGCGUAGUGAAGCGAGAGCCCAUUUCGCCAGCGGCCCAAGCGGCACAGGCGGCGGCAGCGGCCCAGGCCGCCCAGGCGGCUCAGGUGGUGCCGCCACCCGCCCAGGUGGUGGUGGUGCAGCCGCAAUGCGCCGGUGUGACGGCACCGGGAACGCCGGUGAGCCUGGCUCUCAGUGCGAGUCCCAAACUGGAUCCCUACUUCGAGCCGGAGCUGCCACUGCAGCCACCGAACGCCGUAACGCCCGUGCCCACGAAUAACAACAACAGUAGUAACAACAACGGCGGUGGAGUGUGGCACCACCACCAGUUGCAGCAGCAACAUCAGCAGUCGGCCAGCAUGGAUCAUGACAGCCUGAGUUAUACCCAACUGUAUCCGCCUCUCAACGACUUGGUGGUGAGCUCCAGCAGCUCCGUGGGCGGAGGCACUGCCUCCAGUGCGGGUGGCGGCUCAUCGACGUCCGCCUCGUCCUCCGGAGUGUACUCCACGGAGAUGCAAUACCCAGAUACCACCACGGGAAACCUGUACUAUAACAACAAUAAUCACUAUUAUUAUGAAUACGAUGCGACAGUGGAUGUGGCCACGUCAAUGAUUCGUCCAUUCUCGGCCAACUCCAAUAACAGUUGUUCCAGCAGCUCGGAGAGCGAGCGGCAACUGUCCACCGGGAAUGCCUCGAUUGUGAACGGAACGUCGCCCUCCCAAACAACAUACAGCGAUUUGAGCCACAACUUCGAACUGAGCUACUUUUCCGACAACAGUUCGCAGCAACAGCAACACCAGCAUCAGCAGCAGCAACAUCUACUGGAGCAACAGCAUCUGCAACAGCAGCAGCAACAAAGAUUGCAGACGCAACAGCAGCAACACCAGCAAUACCAACAGCAGCAAUAUGCAAUGCCCCACCAGCAACAGCAGCAGCAACAGCGAGUGGUCAGUGAUUUUGCUGAGAGUUUCAAGAGCGUAAAUGCAGCGGCUGCGGCGGCGGCGGUGGUAGCCACGCCCCAUUACACCAGCGUGAUCGUGGAGCCGCAGCACUAUAUUCCCAACGAUUUUGUGCAUUAGCAGCGACUCUGUUGCUGUUGCAUACGCUGUAGUUGUUUCAAAAACAAUAAAGCACCUCGAAUUCAAGUUGUUGCAAUCCUUCUUCGUAUUGAGUUCUCAGUUCCAAUUGUUAUAUGUGGCUGAGCCACCAACAAACCGCAAAUCGCAAACUUCAAACGGCCCCUUUUCUCAUUAAUUUAUUUCAAAAUAUUCAAGUUUUCCAAAAAAAAUAGCUUGGUUGAAAGUUAAAAAAUGAAAAAUUCACAGGAGAAAAAAACCAAACCUUGUUAACAAAUG